GUGUCUAUUGAUUUCUUCAUUCUCUUCAUUCUUCAUACCGUCGUUGACUCAAGAGGCUCAUCACGCUUUAGAAGAAAGCAUGGCACUCACGGCGGCGGCUCCGGUGAAGGUGGUGGCUAUCUGUGGUUCACUGCGUAAAGACUCAUACAACAGAGGCCUCAUUCGAGCUGCGAUCGAGUUAAGCAAAGGAGACAUUGAAGGUCUCCAGAUUGAGGACGUUGACAUUGCUGCUCUGCCGAUGCUGAAUACGGAUCUUGAAGAAGAUGGGAGGUUUCCGGUGGAAGUGGAAGCGUUUCGCCGGAAGAUUCUGGAAGCCGAUUGUGUUCUCUUCGCUUCUCCUGAGUAUAAUUAUUCCGUCACUGCACCAAUGAAGAAUGCACUAGACUGGGCAUCUAGGCCUCCCAACAUGUGGGGAGGCAAAGCUGCGGCCAUUGUAAGUGCAGCAGGGCUGUUUGGUGGUGCAAAAGGCCAAUCCCAUCUUCGAGACAUUGGAGUCUUUCUUGAUCUUCAUUUCGUCAACAAACCUGAGUUCGUCCUCGACAUCAUCCACCCGCCUCCAAAGCUUGAUGCUCAUGGCCACUUUCCUGAUGAACAUACUUUGCUUAGGUUGAAGCAAAUCCUUCUCUCUUUGAAAGCUUUCUCCCUCCAGCUCCGAUCUAACAAUAACAACUGAUUAUUAUUGAUGCUUAAUCCACUUCAGUUUCCAGAAUAAUUUCUGUUAUGUGUGUUUAGAAAUCUGUUGGUUUUUGACCAAAAUUAUAAUCGGAGGGUAACUUUGAUUAGUUUUGGGAAUCUGGUUUUGUCAUGUAUGGAUGGAUGACUGUAGUUGGCAGCAUUCAGUUAUGUUGGGGUUUAAAAUUGAAAUGGAUAAAUGUAUUUGAGCAUUCAGUUUUUCUUCAUGUAGUA